AUGUCGUCGUCAUCAUUAUCAAAACUUCCACCAAAGUCAUCUCAUUAUUCACAUUCAUCAUCAUCAUCAUCAUCAUCAUCAUCUUCUAUAUCCAAGUCAAAAUUUAUUUGGCGUUUUCCUCCGCCGAAAUUUAAUAAUUUACCUAGUUGCAUUUCAAAACAAUCAUCGACAGUUGAUAUUCAACCAUUAAAUAUUGAUGAUGAACUUAUUAAACGACAAGAAUUAGCUAUACUUAUUUAUGAUCUUGGUUUACAUCUUAAUGUGUGA